GGCAGUUCGCCUGAAUCACUAUUUUCUGGAAGCAUUGAUUCAUUGCUUAUCAACCAGGCUAAUAAUUCGGCGUCAUGGUCGUCAGCCCUGGCGCACCUCCAUCUUGGCAUCUCAAACUCGCCAAUUCCCAUCGCCAAGUCACCAAGCCCCAUUUCGCAGAUCCCCAUUUCAUUUUGUGCUGGCAAGCCUUUAUCGCCGAUGGGAUGUUCUGAAAAGGCGCAUUUUUCGUCCUACGUGGCGAGUGGUGCUCUUCCAAUCGGAAAGAGCGCCCAACUUAAGCGAAAGCGCCCAGGAUGUCACUAUCCUGUCUGCAAUGGCUUCAACAAGAACAGGAGACCGAAUAGAGCAAAGACAAAAAAACAUGGAAAAGUAGACGAGAGUCAACGCGCCGAGCUAAGCCUAUCGGUAAGGCAACAAUUAGAGUAUGCUUCACAAAUUCAACGGAGGCCUGCCAAGGCAGCAAAUGCUAGGCUGGUAAACUUGGCUGGUGUCCAGCUUCCGUCUGGGACCACUCCAAGUGACGAGGCAGCGUUGUUGAACUCCCCACGACAGUUGGACCCUCGGGAAAACGUUAUAAAGACUGCAAUGAAAUUUGAGGGACAGGAAUGUUGUUCACGAAAUUAUCCAUUUCCAGGCAAUAAAUCCACGGUAUUUUGUAUUGCCGAUCCAACAUUUUAUAAUGAUCUUAGAUUAAGUCUUAUUUUAACAUAA